AAUUCUGAUAGGUUGUCAUGACGACUGUCGGGCGUCACAAAUACUUCGGCGGUCCGGCACAUUGUUAUUUAUUCAUUCCGUGUUUCGCAUUUCAGGAACGAGAGAAUUUUCAAAUUCUCUACGACAAAAAUAACGACCGAAACAGUCUGUUGUUCUCGAUUAUUCCCAGUCCUUAUCAGUGUUUUCUGAACACCCAACCCGAGCAGGAGUGGCAAUGACGAGUGAGGAGGUAGAUUCUCUUGUCAUCCAGCGCACUCAGCAAAAGUUGGGAAAGUACAUUCAACGACCUCACUUGACUGAUAAACUGCUAAAGCGCCCACCUUUCCGUUUUAUUCAUGACAUUAUAACGGCAGUUAUUAGCCAAUAUGGAAUUCUUGAAAAUGUUUUCACCAAACAAGAGUUGGUUUCUGAGAACAUUAAAGAAAAGGAAGAUAAAAUUGCAUUCCUGCAAAAGUUCAUUUCACAUAUAUCAUCUGAACUUGGUGAAAAUUUAAAUAUCAAGCCAUCAAAGAUAGUGGCUGGUAUUGAAGCAGAAAAAACAAAUGAUUUACUUCAGGCACUGGCUUUGGUACUUGAAAACAAGCAAAACAGCAACUCUCAAUCAAAAAGUAACAACUCUGAAUCAAAGAACAACAGCAACUUGCACUCCUCAACAAAACCUGCAAAAAAUGUUAUCAAGAAAAAUGCACUGCCUGGCAACAUGUCUAAAGGAAACAGCGUGUCUAAAAUAAUUGCAAAAGCCGAAACCGUACACAAACAGGCGGCUAUUAACAAAACUAAAGACAUUGCCAAAAUCGGAGCCAGUAAAUCAAAUCAAGGUUCCUCUUCAAAGCCUUCUUUGGCUGGAAUGCCCAAUAAGAAAACUAGUAAACUUGACGAAACUAAAAAAGAGCCUGCUGCAAGUGACAUGAAGCCUGACAUCGCAACCAAACAAACGAAACCAAUUCCUAGUGUCUCAGCGAAAUCAAAUCAUUCGUUCCGAAUCUCCAAAGAUAACACAGCAACGCCACGUAGCGUUGAGCCACUAGAAAAUCCUCAUAAAAAUCAGACAGUUAUUGACGAUGAAGACAUUGCUGAUACGAUUGUACCCCUAGAUUAUACGAGCAACGUUGACGAUGAACCCGUCAAAGAUACAUCAGCUCUCCCUGUCGAUGGUGAUGAUAAAUCUCAAAUACCUCCAGACUUCCCCUCUAUAGACAGCGGUAUUACGAUUGAGCAACCUGUGGACACUUUGAAUAUUCAAACUACAAAAUCCGCAGCCAUGCAAGAUCUUCAAGACGAAGGGUUUGGUGUAGAAGAUUCCACUGAAGCGCAGGAGUUACCAGGGGUGCUUUCGAGUAGUGUCGCCCAGCUAUCGCCACCUCAAUCUAAUAUUUUGAAUGCGUUCGAAAAACCAAUACCCGAUCGAACUAUGAAUCUCAAUAUGCCUCUUAAACGGCCAGCCAGCGGACACCGGCCAAAAAGCUCGCGACGUCCCCCUUCAAGAAACUCAAGAGAUAGACUUUCAGUCAUUCAACAGGAAAGCAGACCGAUGACUAGCCAAGUGCCUCGAGUGAUAAUCGAGGGUAAUCCGAUGUCAGACGACGAGGAAGAUAGAAUAGUUCAGGCUGCCGUUUUUGAUCAAGCCACGGCCGAUCUGUCACAGGCGGGUGCUGAUGAGUUGAUGGGCGGUGCACAGGGUAAAUUGGUCGAACAAAUUCUAUCUGCCCAAAGAGAAUGGGAUCCUCUAACAGACAUGGAUCCUGGAAAUAGGGACAAAAGCAGCUCUUCAGUUCAAGUUCAACAUCUGAAGAACAUGAUCCAAGAAAUGACACAAACAGCACUGCCUUUAGGCCAGUUGAUUCCGCUGAUACAUGAAGAUAUGGAUACGGUACAUCAAGAGUGGCAGUUUUGGAAGCGAGAGGCCGAUUUGCUGGAGGAAGAGUAUCAAAGGGAAAAAACAUCCAUCGAUACCGUAGUAGAAAAACUUCGUGCUGAGCUGGAGCAAUUGGACCGUGCCGUGCUCGAGCAUCAAAUGAAGUUAAACACGGUAAAAGCCGCAGCCAUUAAAACCGAAAAAGACGUUUCACUCGUGAUCUUGAAUUUUGCAAAGAAGCGAUAAUUUAUAUAUAUUAAAAGUAACCUUUAAACCCUAAAACUUAUUUAAAUAAUAUAUGGCCUCUAGUCACCAAAAACGAAAAGGUGGAACCUAUACUUUUAUUAAAAUAUUUCACAUUAUUAUCUCUGUCGUUACUAAGAUGUCAAAAUAACAUUGUUUCAGUCACUUCAAGUUUCUUCUAACAUUUGUUUGUUUCGACGGGUGAAAUAAUAUUUUCCGUGUUCGAAUGAAGAUAUCAUGAUUGCGCAAGCCGGUGCUGCAAAAACAGAAAAGAUGUCAACGGUUAAAACCUCACAAAUAAAUGCAUUUGAUAUUGUAUCGACAAAAAAUCUAACCUAUCUUAGCUAUUCGUGGAACUAAUCCCACAAAAAGUCCUCCUAUUCCUUGCUGCCGGUAAAUCCUUUGAAACAGCUGUUUGGUUGUGCUGGCCUUCCUCGAUGAUUCAUCUGUUGACGAAGUAUACAAAUACAUCAGCAACACAACGUAAAAACCAUCUCAUUCUUUAUUUAUGGUGAAAGAAACGUUCGUUAGUUUACUUGAACCUAAACUUUCUCCAAAUUCGAGCUGUCUCAAUGUUUUCACAACAUCGAAGGGGAGAGUAACGACAGCAGCAAGCUACAUAAUAACAGGAGAAUAAUGGCAAUUACUAUAGUGUGUUUUCCUUAGUUAACUGUACCAUUCCAGACAAUGCUCCUCCAAUAAAGCUCUGGAACAUCGUUAUUUCUGAAGAAGUGAAGGACUUUUUAUACGUCUCGUAAGUAGCCCAGUACAAAGC